AUGAAAAUUACCAGACUCGAAACAUUCCUGAUUGCACCCCGCUGGCUGUUUCUGCGGGUACAUACUGACGAAGGAAUUGUCGGCUUGGGUGAGCCGUAUCUAGAGGGACGCGCUACAACCUCCGCUGAGGCGAUCAGGGAACUGGAAGACUAUCUUAUCGGUCAAGACCCACGACGAAUUAUCCAUCAUUGGGAAGCGAUGUAUCGACAACCGUGUUAUCAUGGCGGCGCAAUUAUGAUGAGUGCCAUCAGUGGAGUCGAGGCAGCGCUUUGGGAUAUUCUUGGCAAGAGUGUCGGGCUGCCGGUAUGGCAAUUAUUGGGUGGACGCGCCCGAGACCGCAUCCGUCUGUAUAAAGGGGGCGGCUCCAUUGAUCAGAUGAAGGAAGAUGUGGCGCGGGGGUUCAAAGGGUUCAAGAUUGGGUUGCCUGGACCGUAUCCCAAAGUUCAUGCCACAAAAGAGUUUAUUGACCAAGCGGUUGCCAGUGUAGGGGAAAUCCGCGACGCCGUUGGACCUUCUAUUGAUAUCGCCAUUGAUCUGCACGGCGCAUUUCUCCCCGCCGCCGCAGUGCCAAUCAUCAAAGCAUUGGAGCCGUUGCAUCCGGCGUGGAUUGAGGAUCCGUGUCAGUGCGAAAACUACGAUGAGAUGGCGCGAAUUGCCCAAUCUACAAGCAUUCCCAUCGCGGCGGGUGAGCGCGUUUUCACACGCUGGGCGUUUCGUGAACUUUUGGAGCGCGGUGCAGCGAAGAUCUUAAACCCAGAUCCCUGCCAUGUUGGUGGCAUUUUUGAGACACGCCUUAUUGCGGGGAUGGCAGAGAUGCACUAUGCCGGUGUCGCUCCCCACUGUCCGCUCGGCCCGAUUGCGUUAGCGACCUGUCUGCAACUCGAUGCCAUGAUGCCAAACUUUGUGUCUCAGGAGCAUGUGACGCUCGGUGAGGGCUACCUCAAAGAACCCUGUGUUUUUCCGUCGCCGCUCGGUGCCUUGAACACGGCCGCCAACAGUUCCACCAGACCCGUGUCCUGA